CCUCUCACGAGCAGCGAAGGCAGACGAAGAAUGGAGAGAGCCGCUCGGCUGUUCUAGCUUGAGACAACAGCAACAACGGGCAGCACAGAAAACCCCCAUCACAGGCGGCGUUUUUUGUUGCGAAAAACGACAAGCUGUGCCCCGACUGUCUGGAUUUCCCACAGCGAAGGUCUUUCACCUUCUCCUUCCUGUGACAAAUGUUGAGGCCUAACAUCUCUUAGAGGUGAGGGUGAGGACAGGUCGGAGUGUCGGUCAGCUGCAUCAAGUUUUGUCCCAUGAGAGUGACUGUACCAUCCAGGCACCUCCAGUGACCAGGGCUGUGGCUGUGGUGGGCCCGGCCCAGGAGGCCUUUUUGUACAUCACUCCAGGCUCCUGCUGACCUGUGCUGCUCUCACCAUGGAUCAGCAAAGAGACAAGUAUGGCGACCGACAAAGGAGCGCUAAAGUGUCCCAGGGAGGCCGCAGCGGACACCCGUCGCGGCCAUCUGGCUCCUCCAGCUCCUCUGGGGUUCUCAUGGUGGGGCCAAAUUUUCGUGUGGGCAAGAAGAUCGGUUGUGGAAACUUUGGCGAAUUGAAGCUUGGAAAAAAUCUCUACACAAAUGAGUAUGUAGCUAUUAAACUGGAACCAGUGAAGUCGAGGGCACCACAGCUGCAUUUAGAGUACCGGUUCUACAAAACACUUGGAACUGCAGCAGAAGGUGUGCCUCAGGUGUUUUACUUUGGGCCCUGUGGGAAGUACAAUGCCAUGGUACUGGAGCUGCUUGGCCCAAGUCUAGAAGACCUCUUUGACCUGUGCGACCGGACCUUUUCACUGAAGACCGUGUUAAUGAUAGCAAUUCAGCUGAUUUCACGAAUGGAGUAUGUGCACUCUAAAAAUCUCAUCUAUAGAGAUGUAAAGCCCGAAAACUUUCUCAUUGGACGGCAAGGAAAUAAAAAGGAACACAUCAUUCACAUCAUUGACUUUGGCCUGGCCAAAGAGUACAUCGACCCCGAGACCAAAAAACACAUUCCCUACCGGGAGCACAAGAGCUUAACUGGUACUGCGCGAUAUAUGUCCAUCAAUACACACUUAGGCAAAGAGCAAAGUCGGCGAGAUGACCUGGAGGCUCUGGGCCACAUGUUCAUGUAUUUUCUUCGUGGGAGUCUACCUUGGCAAGGGCUAAAGGCUGACACACUGAAAGAACGAUACCAGAAGAUUGGAGACACAAAACGAAACACUCCCAUCGAGGUCCUCUGUGAGAACUUUCCAGAGGAGAUGGCCACCUACUUGCGAUAUGUGAGGCGGUUGGACUUCUUUGAAAAGCCAGACUAUGAAUAUUUGAGGACUUUGUUCACGGAACUGUUUGAGAGAAAAGGAUACACCUUUGACUACACCUACGACUGGGUUGGCAGGCAGAUUCCCACACCGGUGGGGUCUGUCCAUAUAGACUCUGGAGCAUCUGCAGUCACGAGAGAGAGCCAUCCUCAUAGAGACCGACCCUCACAGCACCCACCAAUCAGAAACCAGACAGCAGCCUCAGAUCGACGAGGAGCAUGGGAGGUGCAGCCCGCACGCCAAGCAAACUCCUCCUAUCUGACCUCCCACCUGACAGCGGACAGGCACGGGGGCUCAGUGCAGGUGGUCAGUUCAACCAACGGGGAGCUGAAUGCAGACGAUCCGCUGGCUGUUCAUUCCAACGCCCCAAUUACAGCUCCGCCAGAGGAGCAUCCGCCCGACGAGGCCAACUGCGUGAAAAUGCUCAACCUGUGGUGUUGCUGUUUCUUCAAGCGGAAACGGAAGAAGAACACGCCACGGCAAAAAUGAUCACGCAGCACCAGCCUGAAACGUUCCAGCUGUUUGGCUCAGUCGAUUGUGAUUUUAUUCGAAAUCAGUAAGGUCCCGUUCAGAAUAGAAGAGGGAGUCAUCUGAGAGAUCUUGAUUGAAUUGUUCUCCGUUUUUUGGACAAGUUUUAAAAACGGUUUGCUGAGAUGUACAAGAUGCUUGUGUCUUCUUGUGGGAUUUUUUUUUUGUUGUUGUCUUUUUUCUUCUUCUUCGCCCUCCACCCCUCUGUCAAGCUGUGCCGGGUUGUGUUGCAGGUCAGUCAGCCAAAUGGGGAAAAAACCUUUCUGAUGGAAUUUUGCAGAGGAUAAUCUUUUUUCCUUCUUCCCCCAAGACUCCCAACAUCAGUAUUUUUUUUUUUCUCCUGAAGAGGAAGAGAUGGCACCUCCUGUGGAAACUUGCUUCACUACGAUUCCUGCUUGACUCAUAAAAUCAUCAUCUUCAGUUCCUUUCUAAUCUCCUAAAUGCAUCCUGCCCUCAGUUUGCAAACUCAUUAUGACACAAAGCCCUUUAUGAUGAUUCCUGAUGUAGGAACUGAAUGUAACACAAGAAGAGCCAAGAGUGUAACCGCCUAUCGUCACAUACAGGCACAAAGAGCAUCAGUCUGCCAUUUGGCCUCUGCACAUUAUAUUUUUUGUUGUUGUUGUUUUCUUUUUCCCCCCGUCCUCCAAAGAGGUCAACUCUGGCACUGGGACCGGGGCCUGAGACAUCAGAAAACAGAGACGCCUCAUGUACAGUGUUCUCUGCUCAUGCUGCUUGGUUAAAGUGCUCCCUUAACCUCGCUGCUGUCAAAACACACUACAGUCUCUUUGGACUCUCCUGCAGUUUUUGCUCCUACCCUUCGCUGAGCAGCAACAUGACACUUGUAGAUGCAGGGGGGUGGGAAAACAAAUGCUAUUUAUGCUAUUUAUCUCUCGGUUUCCACCAGUUUUUCCUACUAAUUCUUAAACAUACGCACUGAAUGUAUGGACAGUAAAAUAAAUGACUUUAAAGCAUUUAUAUAAUCUGUCACGUGCACGGGAAUGAAAUUGCAGUUGGGGAGCUGAGACCAAUGUUUUAAAAAAAAAAAAAAAAAGAAGAAGAAGAAGAAAAAAAAAGGUGACCAAAACUAGGUGGGAGGGUCUUAAAUGUUGUUGAUCUUGUAGACAUUGGGGGAUGCUUUGGAAUAACAUGAGGAAAAAGUGAUGAGGCACUUUUGGAGAAUCACAGCCUCUGAAACGCUUCUGUCCAAUGCCUUAACCCCCCGACCAACCUACUGACCGACCAACCGACCGCAGUCACAUCACCACUUGGAUGACACGUUGGCGGCAUAGUUAAUGUGAGAUUUCAGUGUCUUUUUUUUUCCUUUCCUUUUCUUUUUCCCGUCCCCUCCCCUUUUGGGUAUCCUGUGUAAUAAAGAGUACCAGACUGUUCCCAGCUAGUGUGAGAGCAGUUAACGACUUCCCCUUUGUUGACACACUGAAGAUGUAUUCCCAAGAAAGUGAUGCCAAAUGGAACGUUUUGGUGUAAUGAUGUGUAAUGGUGUUCCAGAUGUCCCCCAGAUGUCCCCCGUCCCCCAGUUACCCUUGUGCGUACCAGUGUGAAGACCCCACGUGCUGCAAAGUGGUGACGUUUGGACGACUGCUGAACCCCCUUCUCCUUGUCAGCACCGGGAGAGGAGAAAAGAGAGGGCGGAGAAGUGAACGUGUCUGUACCAUUCUCACUCUUUAUUUAGUGUCACGGAGGACUGCCUUGAAACAAAAUCCUCAGUACGUCACCUUGCCUAUCCUCCUAACAGAAUGAAUUACCAUAUGUGUGUUCUUUUUCUUUUAAAUUUUACAUCUUAUGCUAAUGUGAAUUUGUUGAAUGCAAUUUUUUUUUUUCAUUCCAAAUAGCCAUGGUUUUAUGGGGAAAGAGAGGUUAAACAAACAAACAAAAAAAACUUGAGACCACGACUGCACUACAUUUGUUGACCCCGGCUUUCCCUGACGAGACCCUGCCUUCUUAAUACUGUACUUUAAAUGUGCUUAUUACUUUAAUUGUAGCUGCCUCGUGUGCUAGGCCUUCCCUAUAGGGUGCAGGGAAUGCACACACACACACACACACUCUUCUGUUUUUUUGCCCCACCCACUUUUUUUGUUUGUGUGUGUGCCAUGACGGCUUCCCUUCACUCCAUUUCCCUCUGUCCACACACACACUCAUUCAUCCAAGACCAAGAUGAGUGGAGUUUCAGGUUUGUCUCCAUCAUCUUUAGAAAUAUGAUGUUGUAGAUGUUGCAGAUAUUUCUCAAUGAAUCAGUAUGUAAACCUGCUUGUUAUAUGUAUUUACACUGUAUAGCUUCCAGUUUAUUAUUAUUUUUUUAACCCCUGACAUGUUGGUUACUCUGGGGUCUAAGUUAUUGUGUUAUUGAAAGUACUUGAAUUUGAAAAUCUACGGGACCUUUUCUUCUUUUCUUUUUUUUACCCCUUUUCUUUUCUUGGGCGUUACCAUAGUAAUUCCACACACAGGAUUUGAGGGGAACGGUGGGAAAACCAGGCUAUCUGAAUGACAGGUAUUCAUGUCUCUGAUAUGUCUUAAUGCCUCUUAAAGUUUAUUUUUUCCCAGACAAACACGGCUCGGCCAUUUCAUUCCAGCUGCCUGAGGAAAAAACUCAAAGUAUUCUGAUAUGGAUAUCCAGACUGUAGCCUUCAGUCUUUCCCCCCAUGGAUUUCCCUGAGUGCCAUUUCCUGAGACUACUACUAGCCCAUGCCUUUUACCUGUGCCAGGAAAAUAUGAAGUUGAAUAUUUUAUUAUUUUAGCUUUUUCUGUCUUUGGAUGAUUGCAUUCCACCAUGUGUCCUUGAAGGGGUCCGCUGUCAUUUUUGGGAAGAAUCCUCGAGCAAACGUGGCUCAGCGCAGCAAAGCGUUGCAGUGAAAGUGUUUCACGAGUCGUUCCUGUUGGUUUCUUUCAUUCACAAUGUCACUGGAGAGAAACCGGACACCAGGUUUAUUAUUCCCGAGUCGGAUGUUGUGACUGAUCAUCUUUGCGACAUUUUCUUCUUCCGUUAAAGCUUGCAGGCUGUCCAGCUCUUCAGCUCCCGGCUGAAAUGCUCGAUAUGUUACUCUGAUGUAUCCGCUUUUCUUACUGUUGGCCUCAUGCAGAGUGGUAUAGGAGUGCUCUGCGUGACUUGUAUCUGCAUGGCUUACCUGGAGACUAUCUUUCUCUCUCUCAGUCUCCAGCGAAUUUCCUCACCUGUAGGGCUCGUAUACUGUUGGGUCAGUGAGUCAGUUUUGGCUUCCAGGCCUCAUGUAAAAUACAUCAAACAUUUUCAUGUCUUCAUUCCUUUUCAGCGGCCAUUAUUUCUUACACAGUUCACUUCAGUCAGACUUUGGAUGUGUGGAACUUAGUCAAAGCAGAGGACGGUGUGAAGUGUGAAUGAACGGCUUCGGUCUCUUUGGGUUCUCUGGCACUUUUUCCUCGUUGCUGUACUGUAGACUUACUGUGUGUUGGAUUUACUGUAUUUUUUUUUUUGUUUUGUUUUGUUUUUGAGGGAGAGGUGACAUUUGCUACAAUAUUGUGAUGAUUAUUUGAACUGUAAAUUGUACAGAGUUCACAAUUGUAGUCCGUUUUCUGUUGGGAAUCCAUAUAAAAUCGUAUUCUCUGAUCAUUUUUUCCUUUUUCUGUUUUUUUUUUUUUUUUUUUUUUUUUUUUUUGUGGUUUUUUUUUUCCCCUGACUGUGGAAAAUCAAAUUGUACAGCUCCAGAGUUUAUCCUGUUCCCUCGGUAUUGUUUGUUUUUAUUUUUUAGAGCCUAUGAUUAAGAGGAAUCUUAAAACUGUAAAUAAAUAUUAUUGUGCUGAAAUAUGAAUGUCACUUCAAAAAUGUAUUUGAAUGAGUUAGUCAAGGGCUUCAAGAAUGAAGGACCCACAUUUCUUUUUAUGGUUUCAUAUUUUUGAUUUGCAGAAAGGUAAAGGUCCUUUUUAUCUGAGAUGCCUAUAUUUUAUUUUGUGUUUUGUUUUUUGUUUUUCUCUUUGGAUUCAUAUAAUACAAUGUGUCACACAUGAACCUUAUAAAAAUCACUUUUUAUUCCCUCCACACCUAAAGGGAAAACUCCAAUUUGCACCCUUUUUUAUGUAAAAUAAAAGAUCUCUCCACCUUGUGGGCA